UUCCCCAGCCUCCUGCGAAUUAUCUCUCUCUCUCACACACACACACACUCUCUCGGUUCCUCACUACUAGUAAAAGUAAGUAUAAUCAAUUUCUAACUAAUUUUUUUUUUCUUCAAAUUUCUUAUGUUUUCUCUUCAAAUCCAACUCACUAAUUUCCCUUUUUUUACUCUCAGUUUUAUAAUUCUGACCUUUUAUUUUAGUCAAUGAUUUCUAGGGUUUUAUUCGCAUUCCAAACCCUAAAUUAGAAAAUUAGCAUCCAAUAUAUAUGAAUUAUAUAACUUCGCGCUUAUAAUUUAUAUUUUAGUUUAUAUAUAUACAUAUGGAAUCAGUUACAUUAGAUGCUGAUAAGAUAAACAAACCAAAAGUGGAUUGGGAAAACAGUAGUAAAAAAGUGUACACAAGAAAGCCCAAAAAAGUUAAUAAACUAGAUACGAAUCAUCGCUCGGAAUUCGUUAAUCCGUUAGUGGUCAACGUAGUAAAUAACCGUGUCAAGAUUAAUUUAAAAAAUGUGGCGUCGAAAAACGAGACUAGGCAGCUUAGUAAGAAGCUAAAACUAGAGCUAGAUCAAGUAAGGGGGGUAGUACAAAAGCUCGAGAAUAAAAAACGUAACGCUCAAGCGUUUAAGAGCUGUAGUAAUUUGUUACAACGGUUGAUGAAGCAUAAGAACGGUUGGGUGUUUAACGAGCCCGUUGAUGCCGAGAAGCUCGGGUUGUUUGAUUACCACGAUUUUAUUAAACAGCCGAUGGAUUUAGGGACGAUUAAGGAAAGGAUUGGUGAAGGUUAUUAUAAGUUCCCUAAGGAUUUCGCAGAAGAUGUUAGGCUUACGUUUAGGAACGCUAUGACGUAUAAUAGUAAAGGGCAUGGUGUUCAUGUUAUGGCGGAACAGUUGUUGGGUAUAUUUGAAGACAAGUGGGCGUUGAUUGAAGCCGAGUGUAAUGCAGACUGGAGUGCAGUUCCUUUGACCAAGACUUGAAUGACGUAGAUAAAAGUUUAUGGCAGUAUGUACCUGACCUUCCCUUUCUAUAUGCUUCUAGUUGCGAAGCUGAUGCAGAAUGUGCUCACCAACUUUGUAGCCAGAUGCUUAUGGGAAUGUCUUGUGUGAUAUUACUUGAACAUGUAGGUCUGUAUCAAUAAGUGUUCCUUUAUUAUGAAUUAGGUCGUUUGAUAUGUAUAGAUUGGUUGUAGUUGUAGCUUGUAAGAGAUUAAUGUCAGUUGCUGAUAAUUCAUACUAGGAAUUUAAUUUAGUAGAGGUGCAAUUAAAUAGAUGCAACAAAAUGCAUAGUAGGUAGUCAGGAUGAAGAACUUAUCAUGUAGAUGAUUUUCAUAUGUGGAGCGGUUGUCGUUGAUGAAGUCAUAUAAGCAGUUGUUAGCUGUUAGUGCUCGAGUCCUGGUCAUUGCCAUACCAGACCGUAGAAGCCGUGCUCUGACAGUGUGUUAGCAUGAACUGCUUUGUGUAUGUAUGAACUUUCGUUCAUUAGUCAUAUCCUUGUUUGUCCAGACCAAAUAUAGGUCGUGAUUGAUCUUUCUA